UAUGUUGUCCCUACUGUCGAUUUUAAGGCGAAAAGUUAAGAAGAAUAUAGCGGAGCACCUCGUAGUAAGUUGGAUGCAUGGUGCAUACAGCACACGGCUUCACUGUACUUUCAUAAUGUCGAAGGAGUACAAGAGACUCGAGGCCCGUGGCACUCGACGAACGGCUAGUGAAGGGAACGGAUCGUCACACUCGGUCGUCACAUUCGACCAAACGGUCAGCGAAAAUGUCGUGGAAAAGUCGCGUUUAACGAUCUCUGAUAAAGCGUGAGCUAUAUUUGCGGUGAAUGAACCAGAAAGUCGUGGUGAUCGUCGAGUUUUAUUUCCUGAACAUAGUUGUUUCCUUACCCCGUAUGGACAACCGAAGAAACGCCACCGAUGUCGAUAAUAUGAAGAAUCGAAAAGGAAAUUACGACCCAAUAUGGAACGCAACGAAUAAUUCCGGGUAGUGCGAGCAACAAUUAACUGGAGUUGACUUAAAUCAUGGGAGGACCUUGGAUCAUUUGAUUGGAUCGCAUACGGUGACUAAAAGUUUGCUCGUCGAACGAGUCUUUGAACCAUAUUUUGGCGCGAAUUCGCCAACGACUUCGGUUCGGCUUUUGAAGGAAAGGAUAUUUUUCGUUUUCGAAACAAAAUUGUUGUCGUCGCGGUACCACGCAUCGAACAAAGAAACUUGUGAAAGUUUCCGUGGUGCGCGAUAAAGUGUUCUAUGGUAGCGUAUACACGCAUAGUUGUGGAUGAUCUGCGACCAAAUUUAGUGCAAUUUUCGAUGUGAGCCCAGCAUCUGUCCACAGCAGUAAACGAUACACCGAGGAUGGGACGAGAGGUUCAUCUAUUUCUUUUAGGAAUCCUCGUUGUAGGCGCAAAAGGAUUGAAGUGCGGGCAUCCGGCUGUACCGAUGAACGCCAAAGUGUCAUUGUCCGAUGAAUCUUUAGCAACAGGCACUUUGGCAACGUACACUUGCGAUGCCGGAUACGAAUUGUUCGGCAGCGGCAGUUUGACAUGCAACGCUCGCGGAAAAUGGCAAGGGGAUCUACCGUUCUGUGGGACAAACGUCGCUUUUCGCAAACCGACGAACCAAUCGACCACCGUGCGAGGCGGAGAUGCCGGCCACGGAAACGACGGAGAUUCGAGCACGGAGCACGAUGGGAAGAGGUGCACGGAGACUCAGAGCGAGCCUAGCCCUUGGUGGAAGGUCGACCUUCUCAAGUCGUAUUCGGUAAAAGUGGUCCGAGUGACGACCAGAGGUUGCUGCGGUCAUCAACCCCUUCAGGACAUUGAAAUACGCGUGGGUAACAGUAGCGUGGAAUUGCAGCGCAACCCUUUGUGCGCUUGGUUCCCUGGCACCAUUGAGGAAGGAAUCACGAAGACAUUCGUGUGCGCCAGAGCUCUGAUCGGACAGUAUGUGUUUCUGCAGCUUGUCGGAGUCGAAGGAAGCCUGAGUUUGUGCGAGGUGGAAGUGUUCGCCGUGGACGAGUUUUCAACGGACAGGUGCGCGUACAGCGGAACGCCGGCUGACGCCGACUUGGCCGCCUUCAACUCCACCUGUUACGAAUUCGUCGUGAAGAAGGGCGAUUCUUUCCAAGAGGCCAGGAAUUACUGUCGCGCGAGAGGCGGCGAUCUCGUGCACGGCUUUCAGGGUGCAGCUUCGGUGUACAUAUUGAACAAUCUGGAGAGGCGUAAAGACAAACUGAAGACGCAACUGGUUUGGAUAGGCACUCAAAAGGAACCACUGAUAACAGCGAGGACAUGGCGAUGGGUCGACGGCGAGAUUGUGCAAAAACCAUCCUGGGGAAAGGAUCAGCCAAAUAAUUACAACGGCGAGCAAAAUUGCGUGGUGUUGGACGGUGGCCGUAGCUGGCUGUGGAACGACGUUGGCUGCAACCUUGACUAUCUGCAUUGGAUAUGUCAAAGCAGACCACCUACUUGCGGCAGUCCGGAAAAAUCCGAGAACACAACGAUUACGGGGACCAAACGAACCAUAGGAUCUACGAUAGAUUACGUUUGUCCCGAUGGAUACAUGUUGAUAGGGUCGAAGAGCAGAACGUGCGAGUCCAGCGGAUUUUGGAGCGGCGAGCCGGCCACGUGCAAGUUUGUCGACUGCGGCCCUCUGCCUGAUCUGGAGAACGGUGUGAUUACCCUGGUCGAUAAGAGAACGACUUACGGAGCGUUUGCUGAUUACGCGUGCAAGGAAAACUACACGUUGCUCGGUGACGUUAGGCGAAGAUGCGGGGACGGCGGUAUUUGGAGUGGACAUCAUUCCCAGUGUUUAUUCGACUGGUGUCCAGAGCCACCUCAAAUUAACGGUGGAGUUGUGGCGACUACCGGAAGGAGAGCAGGCUCGACAGCCAGUUACUCCUGUCAAAAUGGCUUCAUUCUGUUCGGAGACAACGUUCUUACGUGCGACGUCGGCGGAGAAUGGUCGGGCAAAGCGCCUCAGUGCAGAUUCGUCGAUUGCGGAGCACCGGCUCAAAUUGAAUUCGGUUCGGUGACCCUAAUUAAUGGCACCACCACGGUUAAAAGUUUGGCCGUGUACACUUGCCUGGAGGACUACUGGCUGGUCGGCGAAGCGAGGCAAGAAUGUACCAAGGAAGGAAAAUGGAGCAACGAUACGCCGUCGUGCGAAUUAAUCACCUGCGAGGAGCCAGAGGUACCGGCUGGAAGCUACGUCGUCGGAUACGACUUGAACGUUCACAGUGCCAUUGAGUACCACUGCGAAGCAGGAUACCUACUUCAAGGCGAAAGUAGACACACUUGCGGCAGGGACGGUGAAUGGUCGGGAGAAGUGCCCACCUGCGAGUACGUGGACUGCGGGAAAGUUCUGCCCGUGUUGAACGGAGCGGCAGAAUACGUGAAUGGAACGACGCAUCUCGGAAGCGAAAUCACUUACAGUUGUACGAGAAACUAUAGGCUAAAUGGAGUAUCGAGAAGAUACUGCUUGGACAAUGGUCAAUGGAGCGACGCGACUCCAAAGUGCGAAGAAAUUCGAUGUCCGGAACCUAUUUACGCAGAGCACGGAAUCCUCUCCGUGACUGGCAACGAUCGAAUGUACGGUAGAACUCUUAUCCGGACAGGAACGCCGGAGAAUUCUAAUACCGGGGCGACUUCCUACAAGAUAGGUGCACUUGCGAAAUAUCGUUGUGAAAGGGGAUACAAGGUUGUCGGCGAACCUCUAUCCACUUGCGAGGACAACGGAAAAUGGAGCGGCGAGGUUCCACGAUGCGUCUAUGUCGAUUGCGGAAAACCGGAACACAUUCAACAUGGAAAAUACACUCUAACGUCGAACGCAACUUAUUACGGAGCAGCUGCUCUUUACGAGUGUGACAAUAAUUUUGAAUUGGACGGAUUUGCCAGAAGACUGUGUCUCGAGAAUGGUACAUGGAGCAGCGAUACUCCAGUCUGCAAAGAAAUUAGAUGCAAGAAUCCUGAGAAAGAUGGAGUGUUAUCUACGCAAGUUUCAACUCACAGCGUGGGUGGAGUGGCUCACUAUAGUUGCCCGCGUGGAUUCUACAUGGAAGGGAACGAAACUAGAGUAUGUUUGCAAAAUGGAUCCUGGAGUGGUAGCACGCCAGCUUGUUUCUCGGUCGAUUGCAAACAUCCAGAAGCUAUAGAAAAUGGUAGAGUGAUAGUGGUAAAUGGAACCACUACUUACGGAGGAACCGCAGAAUAUCAUUGUCUACCGCAAUACGAAAGAGUGGGACCGUUUUUGAGGAAAUGUUUAGACACUGGUUUAUGGAGCGGAGAGGAACCUAAAUGCGAGUUUGCGCCGAAUGAAGUAGCAGAAGCGCAGGGCGUAGGUACCAGCGUUGGCAUUGGAGCUGGAGUUAUAAUAUUUAUACUGAUCAUUCUUGGACUCGUGUAUCUAAGAUUGAGAAAAGCUACGCCCGUGAAGAACACCGAAAACGUUCAAGCAGCUGAAAGAAAAGAAGACCAAAACGCUGCUGUUAUGUCUUAUGCCACUCUUAACGAUGGCACACCUAACACUAUGUACGAAAACGUUCCAGAGGAUGGUCUUUACGAUAGUCCUUACAGCCUAAGUGACAGCACUUACGGGUAUGGCACUAAUAUGAGAAGACAUUAUGGUAGAUCGGGACAUUACGAGGCGGAACCAGUUUCAAACAGAAACGGCAUUACAAUUAACGGAGUGUCUGUACGAUAGUUGAAGAUACAAUCGCUAGAAUUUGUGUUCUUUAAAGUCAGAUUUAUUAUUUAUGUACAGGAGUAUAUAAGUUUAAGCGAAGCUUUGUUAUCCUUAUUUAUGUUAUUGUAUUCGGCGCAUCGCCGAUGUAUGUAAAUAAGUAAAGAGGAAAUGCGUGAUAAUGAAGUGUCUACGAGAAAGUUGCGUCAAUCUUCUUCAUACCAAUGACGGCGUAUAACGAACAUUAAUUACAUACUAUCACUUUGACAAUUCAAUCCGUGUACUAUUAUGUAUAUAGCGUGUUUUUCUAAUUGAGAAUUAUCUGUAAGUUUCAAGUGACGAAUUUAUAACAUUAAAUUCGUAUGCUCAUUGGUUAUGAAAAUAAAGAAACCAAUGCUCUUGUUUUA